CGUGUUCCCCUGCCGUGUCCGUGUCUUCCCUGUGAGCGAUCGCGGCGGCCAUGAGACAGAAGCACUACCUUGAGGCUGCAGCGCGGCAGCUGCGGGAGAGCUGUCCGGGCCAGGCCCGUUACCUGCUAUGGACCUACAGUUCGUCCCACGAUGAUAAGAAGAGUUUUGAAGAAACAUGUCCAUACUGUUUCCAGUUGCUAGUUCUGGAUAAUUCCCGAGUACGCCUCAAACCCAAGCCCAAACUGACACCCAGAAUACAGAAACUUCUUAAUCGAGAAGCAAGAAAUUCUACACUCAGUUUUAAAGAAGCAAAAAUUUUGAAAAAGUACAGAGAAUCCAAAAGUGUAUUGCUGGUUACUUGUAAAACAUGCAACAGAACAGUUAAACAUCCUGGUCGAAGUAGAAGCUUUCUGUCAGCACUGAAGAGAGGUCCAGUUACUCCGAUGAGUAAACUCAGCCAGAAGGUCCCAGAGACAAAGACUCCAAGACACCUCACUCUGUCUGGUUCUAAAGCCAAGAGCCCGGCACUGAUCUUCAGAACACCUACAUCUGGACAGUCAACACCGCUCUGCUCCCCAAAGAACGUGAGCAAAACAAAAAAACACUUCUCUCAACUAAAAAUGUUGCUCAGCAAGAAUGAAUCCCAAGAGACUCCAAAAAUGGACUUCAGAAAUUUCUUGUCUUCUCUCUGAAGGAUGAACUUUAAAAUGUGUGUACUGGGGACCAACAGGUGGCAUAGCAAGCUAAGCCU